GACGCGGCGACCCUACUACGACGCCUCAAGACUGUUGUGUACGACCGCUAAUUUUUUUUUUUCAACACAAUAUAACACCGUACGAAAUUUUGGGGGAAAAGAAAUGCGAAACGCUAUUGUCGGGGCGGCAUUAGAUUGUUGAGCCAUGGAAUAAACAAAAACGAGCGAUCCAUGAAAAUUGCAAUGAACGACGGCUAUAUUUUUCAAUGGAGAGCGACAUAACGACAAUGGCGGCAAUGUCCCCGUCGAAGCGGAGGCUCCAGAAGGAGUUGAUGUCCUUAAUACGUGAGCCUCCACCAGGUGUACGUGUGGAUGGAGAUCUUGCUGGUCAGAAUUUAACGCAAUGGAUUGUCCACAUGGAGGGUGCAAAGGGCACUUUAUAUGAAGGCGAACGGUUUCAGCUACAAUUUAAGUUUAGCUCUAAAUAUCCGUUUGAUUCGCCAGAAGUAACUUUCAUAGGUGGAAACAUACCAGUUCAUCCACAUGUUUAUAGCAAUGGUCAUAUCUGCCUAUCAAUACUGACUGAUGAUUGGUCUCCGGCACUAAGUGUGCAAAGUGUCUGUUUAAGUAUUGUGUCAAUGCUAAGCAGUUGCAAAGAAAAGAAGAGGCCACCUGACAAUUCAUUCUAUGUAUCAACAUGUAGCAAAAAUCCAAAGAAAACAAAGUGGUGGUAUCAUGAUGACAGUGUGUAACAUCAACUGCUAAAAUCAUUAACACCUUGUCAAUGUGCAGUUAUUGCUGGAUCAAGCGGAAUGACAUGUUUUGUGUCUUUAAUUAUUGUCUACAUAUAAAUAUUAAUGUCUGUAACUAUUGAAACUUUCAUAGAUGAAAUUUGCUGAAGUAACUUUAUCACGUAUUAAACAAAUUAGGGGCAUAAGUUAGAAGAGAAAAAAAAAGCAAAGGCUGCAUAUUUACUUAUUAUUACAAUAAAGAAGCAAUGUAAAAUGCGUGAGUUAUCCGGUUAUAAAUUAUUAUGAUGUUAUUAAGAAUUUAUAUAUUAUCCCACAGUUGAAUAGAAAGAAAGAGAAAUGGCAUAGACUACAAAAACGCGGAUGCCGAAGCGUAUGGUGCACAUAAAAUAUUAAUACACGAUAAAAGCGUUUUAUUAUCUAUGUAGGAAGUGCGCUGUAAAAUGAUAUCAGAUUAAUAUAUUGCAGUAAUCACUAUUACUAGUAUAA